CUCCAAGGGCAUCAGCUGCAUGACUUGGAGAGGCACAAGGCUGGUGGGACUGUUGAGGAUAUUUUUCAGGUCCCGAAGGGCUGCACCAUGCCUCGGGCCUUUAUUAGAAGUGUGUCACCAUCUAUGCUUGUCUGCCAUAGCCAUAAGUCAGGGUCACCAAAUGUACUUCUUAGAGACAGCUCACAACAAACAGAAGUUCAUGAGGGCGGCCGGGGCCCGUGGCCGGCGGCGUCGCAGCGCUGCGGCGCCCCCAUGCGGCGUGCCUCCUCGCUGGACACGCUCUGCCUGCUGGGCCAGUGGCCGCGUGACCGACCCGCCCUCUUCAGCGGCGUCCGGCCCGCUGACAAGGCCACGCAGACGCCGGAGGAGUGGGCGAGCCUCAAGCCGCCGGCCGGCUCCCUGGCCAGGAACUCGGGCCUCAUCUCUCCGGGUGCCGCCGGUGACUGCCUCGAGAAGAAGCUCAUCCGACAGCGGCUGCAGCGCAACACUAAGGAGGUGUCGACGCGGCUGUGGUCGCUGGGCGCGCUGCGCCAGUCUCCGGUGCCGGGCGACCACUCGCUGCUGCAGGUGUCGCCGGUGCCGGCCGCCCUGCCCAUUGCCAUCCCGGGCCCGGCGGCCGGUCGCGCGCCCGCCACGCCGCCGCGCAUGCGCAGCUCGGUCGAGGGCCUCAACCAAGAGAUCGAGCGGCUCGUGCAGCAGCGCGUGCUCGCCUUCAGCCAGUUUCCGGUGGACGGACACCUGGCGCCGGUGGACGAGUUGCUGAUGCUGUCGCGCCGCUCCGUCAACACGCAGACGCCGGUGGACGAGCCGCUGCUGUCGCCGGCGCUCUCGGCCGAGGUGGACCUGCUCGCACUGGCAGGAGAGGCCAGCAAGUGCUCGACGCCGGAGCUGGAGCUGAGCCGGCUCGGCUCGUCGCCUCAGAUCAAUCGCUUCCUGGCGGGCGCGCCUCCUGACGGCUGUGAACGGGUGUGCCUCAAGUCCAUGGAGAGUACAAGGAGGCCGGUGCCGCUAGACCCGCUCAUCAAGCCGGCCGUGUUCGAGCUGAAGCCCAGCCUCGGCUCGGCCUUCUCGAGGCCACCAUUCCGCCAGCGCGGCGACGACUCCUCAGGAACCGUGCCAACGCCCGCCAAGCCGCCGCCGCUCAAGGCCGCCCUCUCCAAGUCGUAGGGGCGCGACCGCCGCCGUGCCUGAUCUCAGCGGCGGACCCGGCCCUGUUACGUAGUGUAGUCGCAGGCGCAGCCGCCGCUGCGACGUGCCGGAGCGCGCGGCGGUCGGUGCUCGCCGGGCUGCGGCGGUCGCAGGGAGAGGCUGUGCUCCAGAGUCCCGUUGUGAUAGGGAGGUCGUCGGCGUGUUUCGGGGUGGGGAGGGGGAUCUUCUGCGAGCUGUACAUGCUCGUCCGCUUUACGUGGGUUGGGGAUGUCUCUGUCUGGGGAGGGGUGCACGGCGAGGCGGCGUUCGGCUGCGGGGGCACGGAGCCCUGUCCAGCGCGAGGGCGGCGGCGACUGGCGUGGCCGCCGUGCCCAAGCUUCGGCUGUGAUCGUCACCUGCCGUACAAAGACCGCACCGGCUCGCUGCCGCUGAUCGGUGCCGUGCG